UUGAGAAAUUUAUUAUCGUACAAUAAUAAUUUUAAAUUUUAAAAUUUAUAGCUAUGUUAAAUACAUUUCUUGAAUGUUUUGUAAACAAAGCCUGAUAUAAACAUAUAAUGUAUCUGAUCAAAAAUUGAUAAAAAAAAAGAGCAAAAAAUCAUCACAGUUAAUUCAAUAGUCUGUUGUUAUAAAUUCAAGUAUUAUGUUUAUGCCUUUUUUCUAAUAAAUAAACUACCAAAUCUUUUCAUAAGAGUUGAAUUAAUUUUAAGAUGAACGACAAGGUGGAGUUUCGUAUUUAAUAUCCACUCUGAAAAUAAAGCUCUAGAUUAUUAAUAUUCACUGCGGGAUAAACCCAGAAAUAUGAAGCUUGAUAAAUUAGCAGGUAGUAGAGGAAGAUAGAUAAAGAGAAGCUCGACAUAAUUAUAGCAGUUAUUUUGCUACAUAAGGAAUAGACUGCAUACAUAAUAUAUCGUCGCCCCAGCGCAAAAACCGCACUAAUAAAGUCGAGAGGCAAAAACAUGCCUUAAUCGCGGGCGACAGCAUAGCGAGUGCUUAGUGGCGCUCAGCGGCAAGAACGUGUCUUAUUUGAGCGCAGCGGCAAGAAGGUGUCUAAUCGGCGCCGAAUCUUUUGCGCUUCGAUUUUAAGUUGGCAGCACUGUUAGACAUCACCAGCUCAACUCGGCAGAGUCACGCGCUUUUGCCUUCGUCUGCAGUUCACUGUUUGUAUAUCACUGUUUGUAUUGAAAAUGUAUGGUCGUUGCGUUGUGCUGUGUCGCUGCAUCAAGUCAAACAGAGUAUGCGAAGAAGCAGGUAGCAGGCAAAAAUAAUUUGAAUGCUGUGUCAAAGACAGCAACGACCAUAACAGUUGCAGCAUCAAUAACAACAGCAACAACAUCAAGCUCAACAAAGACAGCAACGACAAUAACAGAGGCAGCAUCAACAACAACAGCAACAACAAGCUCAGCUGUCAAAAGGGUUGGUUUGAGAGUUUAAGGCAUAAAGAGUCGAUCAAGACUGAGAUAGACACAAAUGCUGUCAGUACAAACGCAACACCUCAGAUCUGUUCACAGUUUGUGCAAAACAGUUCUGAGGUAUAGAGUUUGUACGUUGCCAAUACAAUUUUCAACUAUGACUCAGUUCCUUUAGAUUAUUUUUUUUUUGCAAAUAAAACUUAUGUUUACAAAAUAUUCAUAUUAUUCAAUUAUAUAUCAAACAAUUAUAUUUAUAAGUUUGGAUCUGCUUUUUCAAUAAUGUUUACAAUAAUUGUUGUUCAAAAACAGUUCUGCGGUGUCGAGUUUGUAUAGUGCCAAUAUAAUUUUUAACUAUGACUCAAUUCC